AACAAAGGGUCAUGGAGUUACAGUCUACCAUUAGAAUAGCAUUAAUAUAUGAGAAUAGCCUAGAAUGAAGCUAUUUUGAGAGUCUAAUUCUUUUUAAUUGUAAUAGACAAUUUGCAGAAAGAUCGGCGAAAAUAACAUGCUAGAGGCGAAGCUGGAUGACGCCCAGCGGACUCUGAAGUUCUCCCUCAUCAAAGAGAGAAGUCUGAUGGAGGAGAGAGACGGUAUUCUGGUCACAGUGAACACAGUCCAGGAGACGCUUCAGCAGCAGUACAACCUCAGAGACGUUAACGACAGUUUGAAGGACAGAAUGGCUGAAAUGAAAAGACAUAACGAGAGGAGAAUUGCGGAGAAAGAUGGUGAACUACAGAAGCUAUUGAAUGUUAUGGAAGAGGAGGAAGGGCGCCACCAGAGGGCGCUGGAGACGGUAAAACAGCAGUGCCAGCGGGAGAUUCAGGACAUCCUCAAGCAAUUGGAAACUAAAGACGCAGAGCUGGCGAGACUUCUGGAGGGCAAAGAGGCUGAACUGCAGCGCAUGAAGGACACGCUGAAGAACCAGGAGAAGGAGACACAGAACCAGCUCCUCAAGCUUCGAAUGGAGUUUGGUGCGACGCUCGCCAAGGUUCAGAACUCAGCCCAGCGCAGUCAGCAGCAGACCCAGCAGAACCCCAGUGCUGCCCACCUCAACAUCUUCAAGAGGAAACUGCACUUCAUGCAGGAGGAGAAGGACCGGGAGAUCAUGGCUCUGCGCCAGAGGAUCCAGGCACUGGAGGCGCAGCAGCAGCAGCAACACACCAGCGGCUCCACAGACGGACACCUCAAGAGGAGGAGGAUGUAGCCGUCCCUCACCGGCCCAUGCAGUAACUCACACCACCAUUUCAGUUCAAAUCCCAUUCAAAAUUAUAUCGUUUUUUGUUUUUUUUCAUGAUUUUCAAAAUGUCUUUGUUUACUUUGUGAAGCUGUUGCUCAUGGUGUUCAGAUGUUUAUGGUUCGGUUAUGGUUUCAUGGUUUCAUGUACGAGGUAGUGGACGUGAUGCCACAGGUUCGUUCAGGACCAGUUUGUCCAUGACGAGGCCAGUCCUCUUCUAUGACCCUGUCUCGGAUGUAAUCCAAUCAGAGCACAGUUCAAGACCAAGGCGGCAGGUCACACACAGAAGUGGAGAACUUUUUGAAACGUCAUCUUGGAAUUACUCCCAGCCUGUCAGAAGGAUCAAGUCAUUAAUGCCAAUUUACCUAAUUAGUUAGUGUUGUUGUUGCGUGUUGUACUGCAAGACUAAUGCUGACCUUGUAAGAACACAGAGGCUAGGUGCAACGCUGCAAAUAUCGGACAUUUAUUCUUCGUUGAUUGUCAGUGGAGGGCCAGUCAAACUCUAAUAUGAGAUGAAAGAAGCAUUUAUGUGUGUGUCUGUGUGUGUGUGUUUGUGUGUGAGAGAGUGUGUUUGUAUGUGUGCGUGUGUGUGUGUGUGUUUGUGGGGUUUCCGUCAGAUCAUUGCUGUCAUCAGUACCAGGUUUCACUUUCUAUGUUUUUCAAGAAGGUGAGAUUGGGUUCAGUGUUUAUUAAUGAUAAUCUGCUGCUUGUUUGUUUUUCCGAACUUAAUAAAACAAAAUAAAU